GUCACAAAAACAUUCGUGCUGAACUCGAAAGUGCUUGGCCUAAUGAUUUACCUACAGCAAUAAAGGGACAUCGCGAAUGGGAUAAAAAUAUUAUUUCAUAUAAACUUGAUCAAUCAUCUGCUGUAAUAUCAUUUCUUGAGGUUGAGCAUCGAAAACGCCUUUCCGCAAGAAAUUUCAUUGAAAUAUCAUGUAGUCUUAUUGCCAGUACAGGCGCUUCUCUUCAACUAAUAAAAAUGGAUGAGAGCCGAGGAGUUAUAGGGAAUCGUAAAAAAGUUCGCAAUGAGAUUAGGUUUGAAACAUUAGUUAUCAAGAAUACAGAUUUUAACGCAGUUGCUACUUCCCGGAAUCUUAGUCCUGAAGAAGCUGAAGUCCUUAAAUUUGAUCAAGAGCGUUCUAUCGCAGAUACUAUGGCACUUAAACGUUUUUAUAUGCGGAAUCUUUAUUGCAAAGACAUGAGUAUCGAGGAUUGGAAUAUUAUUUGCAAUAGAAAAUUCAUUGAGAAUUUUAGUUCGCCUGAAGCUCGGAAGCAUUUCUUACGAUUGUCUUAUUUUCGAAGACAAGGUCAUAAUGAGGAGAGCGCAAUGAAGGGAUUGAAAGCUGAAGAAAAUGUACAAUGGGAAAUUGCCUGCUAUAGAGCCAAAGAGAAUCUGGAAAAAUCAGUGGCAGAAGACUUGCGUAAAUCUUAUUCAGCAAACCAUUGGAAGGCUAUAAGAGAACUCUUUCAAAUAUUAGGCUUUACUGGCAUUGAUGACAGGCGUACUCUUUCUGGUGAUAUUGUAUCAGAAGCAUUCGUGCAAUCCUGUGAAAAGUUUAUAGAAAUCC